CGCCGCGCGCGCUCAGUUCACGUUGUGCCGCGCUCCGAGCAAGUUCACGUCGCUCAGGACCGUCAGCCGCCUCUCCACAAGCCGCGCCACCGCCUCGCAUCGCCGCGUGCUCGAGACAACUUGUAAACACACAGACCAUUCGCGUGCAAGGGCCGUGUCAGCGGUCGCAACAGCCUCCAGUAGAGUCCAGCAGUGUGUCCAGCGGUGGCCGUCGGCGCCGACCUCCUCACCUCGCUGCAGACGGCGUUCCGGUGCCCCUGCCCCUUGCGCCGCACUGCUCCGGCCCCACCGCCGCGGCCUCCCAGCAGCCCGAGGAUUUGAGUGAAAGUGUGCCGUUCAAGAUGGCGUUCAUGAUGCCCGUCGUCAAGAAUGACUGGAACAUUUACAAGAGCGGCCGGUCCCGGCGCAGCUCCGAGUGCUCCAACCCGCAGUCGUGCCGCAGCAGGAAGGUGUCCGAGUGCAAGUCGGAGGGCCCGUCCCUGUCCACGUCACCGGGCAGCGACUUCGUCGUGGGCUCGCCGGCACACCGUAACAUGCACAUGCACUCGUCCACGUCGCGCCACUUCUCCAGGACGUCGUCGCGGACGUCGACCAACAGCCUGCAGUCGCCGUGCAAGUCGGCCGGCUCCAGCCCGCCCAAGAGCGAGUCCACGUCCAGCCUCAACAAGUUCCACACGCGGCUCGUCGACAAGCUGAAGCGCUCCCUCAAGUCCGGCAGCAAGGACGGCGCCACGGCGUCCUGAGGGGGCGCCGGGGGCGCCGGCGGCAGCGUGGACGCGACCAGCGACGCGCUCAGGUCCCUGAGUGUGUCCGGCAGGUCGCCGCCAGCCGCCCACGCAGGGCGCUCCACCCCGAUCUCUGUGCCCAGCCACAGGCCCACGGCGGCGUCCCAGCGCGCCGCCAGGGCGGCCUCCUCGUGCCCAGCGGCCCCGCACCGCGCCAGGCCCUCAUAGCGCAGGCCAAGCCCCGCCCGGGGUGCGCACGGCACGCAUGGCACGCAGUCGCAGUGCAAGCGGCGCCUUGGGCGGGCCCUGCCACGGCCAGUCGCCAGCCCCGCCAGCCCCGCGCUGGCCGAGAUGGCCGCCAGGCUGGCCAUCAGGCCGGUGCAGCGGACUCUCUGCCUAGACAGAGAGAGAUUGGCCGUGUUAGGGAGCUAGCUCUCUUCACUUAGAGGCUUCUUGAUUGAAUGUAUUAACUUAUUUGUGUAUAUUACUACUUCAACAGUAUGACUAUUAUUAUUAUUAUUAUUUUGUAUACGACAGAGUUGAACUGCCAUUUUGUUUGGACCAAUCCUGACGCGCUUAGCUGUCUUGGCGAAAUUUUGGACUUGUUUUUCUCUUUCUGGAUUUUCCAAUCCCCCGCCAACUUUGAUGGAGGCGCUCCGCGCCCCACGAUGUUCCUUUCACGUGUUCAUGACUUUGCUCUCGAAACUGUCGAGAAUCUCAUUAAGGCUUACGACUGUCGCAAGAGUGAGAUCUGAAUCACAAUCUGACUGUGCAAAAUGGGUGUACGUCUUGUCACUGUACAUGCUUUGGGCAACUCCAAGAUCUGUGAUCCGACACAAUUCGGAAUUUAUUCGCGAAAGAACGAGGGUGCAUAAUAAAUUCUCGAGUUUUGUCUUAAUCGCCCCUGCUCAGGCCUAAUGGAUGUUUCAUUGUUAGCAGUUCCUGUCUUGUCGUUAUAAUCUACCUAGUUUCGUUGUGCUGUCUAAACUAUUCUAUUUUUCGGUAUGAUCGUCUCUACGACGCUCUCGCUUUUGUGUGCGUGAAGACGGAAAAUUGACUUUCCUCAAGACCUGCAUUAUAUACCAUAUACCUAUACUAUAGUAUAUAUUCUUGCGAGAGGGUAUUUUAUAUUAAUCUGUAUUAGACUUAUUGUGUGAGUUACUUCCCCCGCAAUCAUUUCGCAAUAAGACAGCGCAGAGAGCAGCUUGUGUCCUGGCGACGCGGCCGCUCGCAGCGGACCGGGCCCAAGCUGCUCUGUGUUCGGUCAGGUGUGCUGGGACGGCGCGCUGGCGGCUCGACAGUUGCCAGGAACCAGCGUUGCCAACAUGGCAAGCGACACGGCGUCUCGUGGCGCUACCUGCUGUUGGCGACUCUGUUCUUUGGCGCUCUUGGGUUGGCAGGGCGGCAUGGGGAUGGCGGCGGCCAGCCUGGAGGGGCCUUGUCCUUCAGGGAAGUCCCUCGCGGGCCGGUCACCGGCAGCGACUUUUGGCUUGGAGGGUGUCUGUGAUAUAUUCAAAUGCUGAGUGGAUCUUUCGGAAAGAAGUGUGUUGUUUUUGUUUCAUCUCCCCCUUUGGCGUGGACGAAUUGUGAGGGAGUGUGGGAAGCGAGCAGAGGGAAGUCAACGACGAAGCAUGUUGCCAAUGCGACUUUCCGAUGCGAGUUUUCCAUGUACGGUGCGGUCCGAACCACAUAAUGUUGAAUGGUGUCCCUGCUUUUCAUAUUUUUUAGCAGACGCCGACCUAUAUUUUGAAUGUUUGUUCCUGAGAGUAUUUUCGCUUUCGUGCAGUUGGAGAUAAAAUCUUUUUUUUUUCUGUACUUCAAAGAGUACCCUAUUUCGCUAUUCGAAAUUUGAAAAAGUUUCUCUUUUGGCUUUUAAAUUAAGUUUACUUCUCCAACUGUACCUAAGUUUUGUUAUUGCAUUGUUAGUAUUCUUUAGAAAAGUACGAAACAGAAGACUGUCACCAAAGAACUUUUGUGGUAUUUGCCAGGGCCGGAGUGCCAUCGUUUCAGCGAGGGGAGUUCCACAGUGUACACCAAACAGAAGGCGAAUUCACUGCGUUGAAACGUUGUCACUCAUGCCCUGGAUCAGUGAAACUAACUGCUAGUUAAAUCCACUAUGUAUCAUUAAACCUUUGACUGUACCUUUGUUGUGAAUAUUUGGACUGUACUGUACGUUUGAUUGUUGAAUUGGUUGCGUUGCGGGUGUUACCCCAACUUGGAUGCCGCGUGAGUUGUAAGGUACUCUCUGAUUAUCAAAAAUACAGAGGAAAGAGGUACUUCUGCGAGCCCAAGGCACCUCACUACAUAUAAAAAAUUGCACAUUAUAGUAUUUGCGGUAUUUGUUGAUCUGUAUUGGUCAUAUACAUGCUUUAUUUCUCUUAAGAAGACAAACAUCACAUUAGGACUCCGUACAACCAUUUUCAUGGAGGCACUACUGAGCCACUAAAUUAAUCCAGAACUAAAUAAUAAUAGUCAUAAAAAGACUUCCUCGCUUUUUUCAGUUUUAAAUAAAAUAUUCAAUGUUAAAUAGGUGUCCCAUGCUAUGACUCGCAAUCUUUUGUAAGGAAGUGGGGUACGCAAGGUAAACCGACUGUGAUUUGGUAGACUAAUAUAGUGAAUCAUUUUUAGUUUUAUUAUUAAUGAAUAGCCACGUACGCCCGCAAUGUGUGUAACCAUGUACGAUAGAUGGAAAAGUGAGAUUUUGUUUUUUGUUUUCUUUGUUUUAUAUGACACAUUCCAUUCAUAAUUUUCAUCUAAAAUGGUUGUUAAAAAGUACAUAUAUUCAGAAUUUUAAAAUUAUUGGUGCUCAGAUCAGCGUUAUGGUGCACACUAAAUUGUAAUGAGACAGGGUGCAAAUUGCCAACACCAGUGCCACGAGAAAUGUAAUUGCCAGGCCAAAGUAUAAUCACACGGCCAAAGUUGACGGUGGAAAAUGUUUGUGCUGGACUUGUCGCUGCACAUCACCGUCCCUUCAGCUAAUCAGUGUACGAUUUUGGUGUGUGUUUCUAUAGUAUUCUAUUCCUCCGACUCAUUUUAAUUUGUAAGUUAUUUCAACUGUUUUUGCAACACCUUCGUCAUUUAUUCACGCCUUUUCGAAUCAGAUAUCAUAUCCCAUUAAAAUCAUUUGAUUUGACCUAAA